GAUAUCUCCCCAUCUUACCCAUUUUCCACCUUCAUCAUCACUUCUGCAUCCAGACGCAAGAUUGUCUUCUCUGACCACCAAAUUCAGAAUCACCACUCGUAUGGCCUGGUCAGCGGCCGCUUUAUCGCGAUCAUGCUGACAGAAGAUUUUCGCCUGCCCACUUCACUUAUCCCUCUCAGACCUCUGUAUUCAAACACACGCUAUUUCAGGAGAAGGAUUAUUGAUAAAACUCGGUUCUUGUUGAGUUAUGAUUUUAUCAACCAUCUAGCCUUUGAUAAUAAAUGUCGCUCCUACUUGUGUUUCCUUGUGUUCGGACUCGUGAUCACAGGAUUUCGCGGCCUUGGACAAUUUCUGCUCCAUCAGUAGCCCUUAAAAGUUGCGUAUCCAACCUCACGCUCGAGACUGAUCGUCAAUGUCUGUUUUAAAUUCCACGUCACUCGCGGGUGCUAUAUUUACCGCUAUCGAAAUAUGUAUUUCUCUUACUAUCGCCAUUAUGACCCUCAUAUCCGGAGGGUCUUGGCGUAGGGAUGCUUCAGUGUAUAUGGUUGCCCCAUGCCAUCACAAGGAAGCAACAGGAGUUGAAAGAGAUGCUGGACGAGUUGGAUGGCCAAUUAUUUUCUUAAACAUUUGGCAUUUGAUGAUGAAACAGUUACGCACCAGUUUAUUUGUCCUUACUGGUUGUUCUAGCUUUUGAAUGCAUACCUAUCUUCC